AUAUUAGUAUUAUUUUCGAAUAUUUAAAAUAACUUCACGAUAUUGAAUUAUUGUCCAGCCCUAAGUUCCAGAUCAGUUUUUCUGUUAACAUAAUAACUGGAAACUGGCCUAUUUGUAGAAUGAGUUAAUUACACCCCAGUGUUAACAUUCUUAUUGUGUAUUACAAAGUACAGCGCAGCUUGUUUUUCAGUUGCAGUUGUGUAGACACUAAAAUCCAUUCAAUUUGCCAAAUAUUCUAAGCCAGUACCAAAACUACAUAUUCAGGAACUGUUUAAUUAAUUUUUUAUUAAUUGUUUAACCUUGAGAUUUCGAAGUUCAAAAUGUUUAGAAGUUACUCUGAAAACCCUCAUUGAAGUAGACAGUCACGGUGAUAUCAAUCUUAGUGUAAUGAGUGCUUGGUAUUUAACACCACAAAGGCCAUGCUAAGACUGGAAAAGAGCUUCAUAACCUCUUUUUUAAUAUUGCAAUAUUGCAGCUUAGAGUUAAAAGCCCUAAACAUUUUUGUUUUCUUUUACCCUGUGAGAGCAGUAUGUACCAAUUCCAUCAAUGUACUUUGCACCUAAAUGUCCUUAAAGAUGUUAUACGGUUAUAUAAGCACCUCAAACUGUUUCACUUUUUUUAAAAUUUAACUUUGUGAAAAGGUAUAUGUGUGUGCAUUUUUGCAUUGAAAAAAAGGAGUGAGGUACCACAUUGCUACAGUCAUAUAUUUAAAGGGUCUUUUAAAAAGAAUCAUACAGUUUAUGACAUUUUUUUUUCUUUUCAUCUGUAUGACGCACAUACAGUUUUGGGUCAUAUAGGCAUCAUGUCUUCUCCACUCAGCAACAGCAGGGGUGGUGAUGGUAUAGGGCCGUAUCUGGAGAUAAACAAUAAAAUUUAAGUGCCACAGUGUUAUAAAAUUGCAAGAGGGUGAUAUUGCAUUUAUUGUGUCUAAACUUAACUUUGACAAUUACAUUAUUAUUUUUUUCCACCCACUCUCUUUCUUUUAUGUCUUGGCAUUUGGACGCUGACCCCAUAAAACAUUUGCAGUAAGUUAAUUAUUUUUCAGCAUUUUUUCCUCUGAAUUUUAUAGACCACAGACAGAUAUUAAAGCUCUAAGAGACAGGUAAAAGUUCACUUUUUGUCACCCGGGAUGCAGGAUAGAGAGAACUGAGGGUGGGAAAGAAGGUGUUUCGGAAAAUGACUGGAAUCUUAGCUCACUUUCUCAAAUAAGCAUCAUCUCUGCAACGUCUGGAUUGGAAUCUACACCAUCUGCCCCACAGGAUCCUACUUUUUUCUUUACCACUUCAUUCAAACUCACUUUUGUCAACAUGUGCGCACCAGAGCCCACCUGUCCCAUAAAUGCCACCAUCUGCACGGGCACGUCCUGCCUGGUGCCCCAUGAUCCAUUCAAUGACAUCCUCAACGUGGUGAUGAGCACCACGCUUACCAUCAUGCUGGCUUUGGUCAUGUUUUCAAUGGGUUGCACGGUUGAAGCAAGAAAGCUCUGGUUGCACAUCCGCAGGCCUUGGGGCAUUUUCAUCGGUUUCCUAUGCCAGUUUGGCAUCAUGCCUUUCACAGCCUUUGCACUUUCAUUGAUUUUCAACGUGCUUCCAAUCCAGGCUGUAGUCAUCAUCAUUAUGGGCUGUUGCCCUGGAGGUUCCAGCUCCAAUGUUUUCUGCUACUGGCUCGAUGGAGACAUGGACCUAAGCAUCAGCAUGACAGCUUGUUCUUCAAUUCUGGCUCUGGGAAUGAUGCCUCUUUGUCUGCUCAUCUAUACAUCAGUCUGGACUUCAGGCGAUGCUAUCCAGAUCCCUUUUGACAGCAUCGGAAUCACACUAGUGAGUUUACUUGUGCCUGUCGGUCUCGGGAUUUACACGAAACACAGGUGGCCCAAAGCAGCCAAGAAGAUCCUCAAGGUGGGAUCUGUGGUAGGAAUCUUCCUCAUCAUCAUCAUUGCAGUCAUAGGUGGUGUGCUUUAUCAGUCCUCUUGGACCAUUUCUCCUUCGCUUUGGAUCAUCGGUACCAUUUAUCCAUUUAUUGGCUUUGGUCUGGGCUUUCUCCUGGCACGUUUUGUGGGACAACCUUGGUACAGGUGCCGCACCAUUGCUUUAGAAACAGGCAUGCAGAACGCCCAGCUGGCAAGUACUAUUACCCAGCUGUCCUUCAGUCCUGCGGAGCUUGAGCUCAUGUUCGCUUUCCCCUUAAUCUACAGUAUCUUCCAACUGGUUGUGGCUGGGAUUGCAAUAGGACUUUAUUACACAAUGAAGCGCUGUAGGCGGGGGACAUCGGCAGAGGAGGAUGGGGAAGGCACACAGAGCACAGUUGAGGAUCAGAAUUACGCCUUGGAGAAUGGUGGCUUUCACUGUGAUGAGAAUGGCAACACUGAGAAUAAGGACAAAGGUACAAAGUUGUGAGCUAAAUGUCAUUCUGCUAGCCUGUGUGACCAGAGCGGUCCACAAUGACCUUCUGGAGGCAUGAACUUUGAACAAGCUAUUCAAGCUCAACCAGAGAGUGUAUCGUUAAACUCAACCCCAGUCGAGACAAGUGGAUGCACUUUCCUUUAUUAUAAAAAACAAACCAAGAAAGCAUUUAAACGUUUUUACGAUGAGUCUGCCAACAGGUUUACUAAUACAAAGCUGUAUUUUGUCUGUGAAUUGUGUGUUACAUUUUGUCUUUGGUCUGCAACAUUUAAUUAAUAUACCUUAGAUUCAGCAUAUUUACUUAAUUUCUCAAAUCCCCUUAAAUUUGCUUCUAAUUCUAAUUCUACUACUAAUAGUAGUAUUAAUGCUACUAAUGUAAUAAAGAAGUGACAUAUUUAAUCAUUUAAGAAAACAUGAACAUAUCUCAAGUAGGUUGAAUGUAGGCUAAUUUAUUUAAAUGUUACUUUGUAUACACGUAAUUGUAAUGGACCUUUAAUGUUUUGCUUUUUAAAUUAUUUAUGUAUGAUACAGCAAAUUUAUACUUACAUUGUAGGCCUUUUUUUACCGUGUUUGAACAGUGGGACUAUUCCAUGUACAGGGGAUUUCUUUUCUGUUACUUUUUUUUUUUUUAAUAAAGCAUUUAAUUGCUUUAAAUUACUUAUCAUCUAAACACUAACAUAAACAUUGCUUACAAUUUAGAUUGUCAUUUCAUGCAGUGUGUUUUACUUUUUAUUUUGUUAGUGAUAUUUAUAUGCAAAACACCAUAACUAAAAAAUCAAUAUUCAAAAAUGUGAUGUUAGAUCUCAAUCCUAGCAGACUUUAAACUGUAAAAUUUCAUGAUUGCACUUCACCGGAAGCUAAUUAUAUUGGUCAUGUAUCAUACCUUGCCUGAGGGUAA